AUUUUAGCAAUCGGCCACGCCAAUCUGCUGUAACAGAGCAGGCUCGAUCUGCCUUCCCUAUGGCCCUUCGUCCCUCCGCAAACAGCGAAACCUCAACUCCUUCAGCGACGACGGAGGUGUGUGCCAUUUUAGCGAUCGACCCCGCUGAUCUGCUGUACAGAGCAUGCUCCAUCUGCGAGAGGUCUCUUCCCGAUGACCCUUCUUCCCUCUGCAAACACUGCGACCGCAACUCCUUCAACCCCGGCCCUUCCGGUUCCAAGCGCCUCUUUCGUCUCCUCAUGUCUAUAGCGACCGACAAGAAGGUUUUCACGGUGAUAUGCUUCGACCGGGUCGCCAGGAUUAUGUUCGGGACAAGUGCUGACGAGUUCUUCGAUUUUUCCAAGCUUCAUCCUUUUGCUGCCGUUGCCGCAGCUAGAAUGUUAGAAGGAGAGCUGUUCCGGAUGACGCUGUCCAAGCCCCGGAGUGGUAACGCUCAGCACCUACGAGUGACGUCACUUGUGCCCAUGAGGUCCGGAUACCAGCCAGUGAUCGAGGGCUUGAGAGAACUGUACAGAGUAAGAGCUGCUUGAAUGCAGAAUAUCUGCAUCUUCCUCAAACUUCGAGCGUUGUCAUUUCACGGGCUUCGCCGGUAUAUGUCGUCCGGGUAGAUGGAUGUGAUGCUAUAUAGUUCAGCUUCAGUCAAUGUAGAUGUCUGUGAAUGCUGAGGAUGUUCCGGAUUAUCGAUUUGUCUAGAUUCAGAGGAGACGUGCCGGUAAUGCACUGCUGAAGUAUCGGUUAAACUUUAAAAAUUGGCAUACUGUUUGCUCAUGUUCUGAAAUAUAAGCAUUGUAGUGGUCGAAAGCCUA